CACUGCUUCCGGAUUAAGUGAUAACAUUAUUGGCCUGCUUUAAUAUUAGCUUGCUGCCACUUCUUAUGAAGUCAGGUCCUUACUGCUUGCUUGACGUGAUUUAAUGUUAUGUAAAUUAUUCUGAUGAACUCUUGGGUGAGUGUGGGACUUUAAGAUUGCUGGAAAUAUCGCAAGAUUCUCGGCAGCCAGUGUGUCUUGGCAUUGUGUCUGAUGUAUCCAGGUGAAGUUUGAAGAAGUAGUGAUUGCUUUCCUGCAAGUUUAGAGUGCCAUACAUCGUCUAAUGCAAAGCUGUACAGAUUGAUGAAUCUGACGAGAUAAAAAUUGGAACAAAUGUAUCCUUGAUAUUGGAGAAAGCUAACACCCUCCCCUAGUGCCAGACAGCAAUCCCUGUGUCCCACAAAGUGGUAUAUUCACUGACAGAUCAAGGCAAAGUGGCUUCUACACCAGGACUCACCUAUCCUUAUAUGACCUCUACCGUCUGUGUCCUACUAGCUACACAUUUAGUUGGUCUCUUAUGGUGACUCUUGUUUGAGUACUUAGUGUUAAAACCCAUUGUCUUUCAUAUCUUGCCCAGCGAGUAACUCUUGGUAUGGCCAUGGUGAAUCCUAUGCUGAAUCUAGCCAUUCCUAACCCCAAUGUUAAGGACUCAAGAUGGCUUACACUGGAAGUUUGCCGCGAGUUCCAACGGAACAAAUGCACCCGCACGGAGAAUGAAUGCAAAUUUGCUCAUCCACCUCCACACGUGGAAGUACAGAAUGGGCGGGUGAUAGCCUGCUUUGAUUCCAUAAAGGGUAAAUGUCAGAGGAAGGAUCCUCCUUGCAAGUACCUGCACCCACCCCAGCAUUUGAGAGAGCAGCUCCUUCAAAAUGGUCGGAACAACUUGAUAUUGCGAAACCUGCAACUCCAGGCUGCUCAAGCUGCCAUCCAGCCGUAUGUGCCCAAUGUGAUUCCAAUGGCCGGGAACAAAGCCGUGGCGUAUUCCACAGUUCUGCCCACCGGACAUUACCCCCUUAUGGCCCCGCCAUACAUGAGUUCUGCACCAACAUCAGCUGUGGCAGCCUUCAAUCCGUACCUAAAUGCGUCCAUGCCUGGAACAAUGGCUGUGCCAGGGACUGGUAGUGAAGCCACGGUGGUCACGCAGCAGAUCCCAGGUGUCAUUCCCACACCCAUACAAGCUAGCAGCCAGCAGAAGGUAGCCCGCCCCGAUAGGCUUGAGGUAUGUCGUGAAUUUCAAAGAGGUACAUGCACGCGACAACCUAGCGAAUGUCGCUUUGCUCACCCUCCUGACAAUGUAACAGUCGACCAAUCCGACAACCAUGUAACGGUGUGUAUGGAUUUCAUAAAGGGGAAGUGUACGCGGGAUUCGUGUAGAUAUUUUCACCCUCCGGCCCACCUUCAGGCCCAGAUUAAGGCCGCUCAACAACGGGCAAACGCUGUCGCUGCGCAGAACGCCCCGACCCAGACUCAGCUGCCGCAAGUGGUUGAGGUCUUGACCGCGGGCAAGAAGCGACCUCGUGACCCUACAGACGAUCUUGUUCUGGGUGCCAUCCCUGGAGUUGUGCCCCCUUACAAACGGAUGGCGAUGACGGAUGCUAAGAGCGGAUUUCCCAUGACGUACCAGCCUAGUGCUAUAGGAGCAUAUCAACAUGCCGCCCUUAUGCAGCUAGGACAACAACCAUAUAUACCAGUCACGUGGCAUUUGACAUCACAACAAGUGGCAGAUGUAACACUUGCGGGACACCCUCCCAGUGUGCCGAGAUUUUAAGUCCGGCCAGUGUGACCGGCCGCAAUGCAAGUAUGUGCAUCUUCUAGAGGAAUACGUUGAAGUGAUGGAUGGCCAUGUGACAGUUUGUCGCGAUUCUGUACGUGGCAAGUGCCAGCGCCCUCUGUGCAAGUAUUACCAUAUUCCCGUAAUUCUGCCAGCCUCAUAGGUCUGCCUGUCUGACCCAGGGGCUAGCUCGGACUUUGAUGAGAAGGGCAAAAUGUCUCAAGCAUGAUGGUCUCUACUUAGUGUUUCAGUCCAGUCAGUUGGUCUGAUAAAUGUCCAUGCUGUGUUGUACUCCUGGAUGGGCCAAAACAGGAUAGCCAGCUUAUGUCCAGUUGUGGGCAAAGAUGGAAAAGCACAGAUUUUCUUCAUUCAAAACCAUUGUUGUUAUGCUUUUCUUAUUUUAUGAGCACUAAACAAUAGAAAUCUGUUUUGUUUAACUAUUGAGUUUUAGCUCAAGGAUAUUUUAUUAAUUUUUCAUUGUCACAAUAGCUGUGUGAAGAUAGUUUUUGAAAAUAUUUAUCAAAACCUUUGUUGGCAGAUGCACAAAGCUUUCUGAGAAAUUAUAUGAUCAAAGCUUGCUUGAAACUGUCUUUUUAAUAUUUUGCUUGUGAAAGCUAAAGUAGAUGACUUUCUGGCAAGCUUUACCAUCCCUUGCCUGCUGGUAAUACUACACCAUGAUCCAGGCCACACGUUACGGCUGGCACCUGUGUCUGUCGGUUAGCACUGCUAGAUGCAUCACAGGGACAGCGUUUGUAGGUAUCAUCAAGAUUUACCCUUCCAAAAGUUCAUAUAAUUCAAAGUUUGAUUUAAAUCAAAAUGAAUGGAAAAUCUGAAGUGAUAUGUAGGCUGUGUAGAAGAAGGGUGGUGAUGCAUCUAGCCUGGCGGCCAGCACUGGGAUCCAAGGAGACACCUCUGGUGCAUCUCUCAGACCUGGUUUUCAGUUCUAAGAGUUCUUUGUUUUAGAUGUCUCGUUUCUCUCCUUGAGUCUCAAUGCCUACCUUCAGGUACAGGUUGCAAACCAAUCAAAAGAAAACCUUGCUUCAAUGUACUGCUCACACCAAAUUUGAUACCAGAUUUUAAGUGCAAAUUGUGAUGUAAAAUGUUUUACUUGUGUUGUGCUGGGUUCUAGUAAACUGGUGGUGUACACCUACCUACAUAUUGAUAAGAUUUUAGAAUUGUGUCAUUUGAAUGUCUCCAUGUGCCAUAAGACUGGACUGCCCCUCUCAAGGGUUUGCAGCCACUGGUUUGGACUGUUGUGUUCAAACCAGGUGAUUGGAAGGCCUCUGUUCCUUCUACUGUUACUGGUUCUAUAUCUUGGUGGUAGUUUAUUGGUUUGUCGUCACCAUGACGAUGGUAUAGUAGUAUGUUAUUUACAUUUCCAGAACCCUGUCAACUUAAGAAAGGUGCAUGUAUAGUGUUAGAUGCUGUUAGAGCACACCUUAUUAACGAAAUAGUGCUGGGUGCUCUUAAAGUAUCUAAUAUAAUCAUACUUUUAGAAUUGUUAUUGAGUGUCGUUUGUUUUAUGUAAUACAUAUUUCUAAAACAAAACCAAAUUUACUACUGUAAGCCAUGUGAUUUGCGUACAAGAUUGAUUUUCAUACAUUUAUUACAAGACGAAACUGCCUGAUACUUGGAUAUUUCCUAUUAACUAAGGCCUCCUUUUAGUACAGACCCAUAUUAUAACAUUGACUCAUGUCAAGACGGUACAUUUAGGUUUUGUUAAGUUAUAACUGUAUGAAAAUGAAAUGGUUUACAGUAAACUGUAUACGUACAAUGCCAUUGAACUUUCCAAAGAUGUCUGGAAGGUGAAGGCCAUGACUUUUACAUGUGUGAAGGUCAUGACCUCUUCCAUGUGUCCUUAUAUACCUGAGGUGAUAAAGUUUGUACAUAUUUCUAGCAACAGUGUUCACACGGUGAUCUUUUUGGAGGGACAUUACAUACAUAUCAACUUCAAAAGUUGUUGUUUUUUUAUAGAAAAAAACUUAUUCUCUUUGUUUCUGGGAGAAAUACUAAACAUGAAAUGUUGGCUGCUGCUGUGCCCUGACCACAUGAUGUGCCACAAGUCUCCAAGAGGCUGGCAUGGCUCACUGUGUUACAGCUUGGAAUGGAUUCGAGCAGUUCCAAUAAAACUUUUUUGUCUUUCUGUUUUUAUCCAAAAGCCAGAUUUUUAAAACCUGAGUGUGUAGUUUUGUGAGUUUUAUGUUAUUAGCUUUUUAUUAAAAGGGACACACAGUUAAAAUGUGUUUAUUUUGGAAAGUAUGUCUUUCCAAGGGUACAGAAAUUGAUAUAUUUUAUUUUCAUCUGACAUUUUAUGAGCAUAUUUCAGUGUUGAGUUUUAGAUAUCAGUGUCAUAUAGGUUAAAUAUCCCAAUGUACCAACAGUUAUACUAGUAUUUGUGAUACCAUAUGUAUUUUGUAGUUGUACCCAAUCGUAUCACUAUGGAUAUGAAUCAUUGUAGUUGUAAUCUGUAUGUAUCACAUGGAUACAAAUCAUUGUAGUUUUUCUGUAUGUAUCACCAUUGAUACAAUCAUUGUAGUUGUACUGUACGUAUCACCAUGGAUACAGUUCAUUGUAGUUUUACUAUGUAUGUAAUUCCAUGGGUACGGUUCAUCAUUGUAGUAGCUAACCAUAUAUUACUAUGGCAAUACUAAGUUUUGAGACAAGAAAAGUCAUGAGAUACAGUGUUGCCACGGUGAUAUGACAACAUCGUGUGCCGAGUGUUCUGUCAUUCAUCUCCACGGCCCUCUGAGGGCACUCCACCGAUCCACGAUCCAGCGAAAUAUUUAAUGUGGUCCCAUUUUGACAUUAUUCAAAUGAUUUAGAUGUACAUGUAUGGAUUCCAAUAAAUCGUGGUGCUCUUUUUCUUGUCAAAGUGGUUAAAGCAAAGGUUAUGUGAUGAAACUGGAGUGAAUACCACAUUUGACAAGAUGGUGUACAGUUCUUCAUGUUCUGGAGUCUGUGAGUGGCGGGGAGCUUGUUCCACUGUUUGUACCCAUGUACUGUUGUCUGAUUGUCUCAUCAUCACCGUGGAGACACAUGAUAUCAUAUGUACAUUGUAGACUUUCUUUUUGUUAUUUCUCUGUUGUUUGAAUUCCUAUUGAAUACAAGGGCUCUGGGUGUAAAACACACAGGGCCACUCUGUUAAAUAAUUGUUAUUAACAAUGAACUUGUUUAUUUUUUUGGAUGCCAGUGACGCAAGGACAUAAAAUGUUCGACUUUCAAGGUAUUUUGGAUCUGUUUGGCCUCCAGCGGAAAUGUUCCUUCACCAAUGCUUGUAAGCUUUGUGUGAGCUAGUUUGCCAAGAACUGUCAAACAGUUCGCCCGGAUCAGCUAAUUUGAAUGAAGCGCCUUUGCAGAGCAACUAAAACAGAAAUAUCAUCUUGAAAGAUAGUAGUUUGACACUGCUUGGUAUGUGUGCUUGCUACCUAGGUUCUGAAGGGGAUGGACUUACUGACAUAACUCUCUCUCCGUACAGGUAUGGAGGUACAUCACUGCACAGAUUGUACCAGGGUCACAAGCAGGAGUAUGUUUGUUCGCUCAUCGAUACUACCUACCUUCCACUAGUUCUGCUACCUUGCUUCUUGCUACUCUUCAGUAGCACCCUGCCCGCUACAUUGUACCAAAACUUGGCUUCUCUAGUAUCUGUCUGCAUAGCUCUAUGUAUGUGUCAAACACUCUCGCCAGAUUGAAAUAAAUACUAAAAUUACAAAUAUAUUCUGAAACCAACCUAGUGUGUGUGAUUAUUGCUUAAUGCAUGCUUAACACAGAUUCUUGUGUAGUGUGGCUGGUAGGGGGUAGAGGAUGGACUCCCUCACACACCAUGAUACACACGGCUAACUCUUUCAGUCUGUAUAACACCCCCAAAGUAAAGUGUGGAGUCCGUCUGAUGAGGGAGUUCCCUCCUUUGUGUCCUGCCAGCCUUGCUCACUGACCAUGGUAGGCCCUAACAUCGGCCAACUGUCUUUGGAGCCCACCUAGAAUUGCACUGAAUGGGAGUGUCCCCAACACUCAUUUCACAACUGAAGUACUUAUGCCUCAAACUAAUUCACCUUAAUAUGUCGUUUAAUGAACUCUUUGAAUUGCUCUUGGAAUAAAAUUAUUAAUGGGAAUCCCCAGUAAAAUGUAGUAUAAUUCAAAAGUUGUGUGUGAAACCUCCUGUAUAGCAAAGGACAAACUGGGGAUUGGGAUUUAAAGAUUGUUUUCCACAUUAACAUGUAGACUGCUGUAAUCACUGCACAUUGUCAACAUAACAUACCUGCACAGCUCUUGGUCACAGGGAUGGCAUUAUAAUUCAUGAUUACGCUACAAUUGGAUCCAAAUUUGCGCAAUCACUUACAUUCCAGAGCAUUGAGCAUCUGAGUUGAGUAUCGGCUGCUGGCAAAGUUCCUGUGUAAGCUUGCUUGCUGCCAUCUUGCCCUGUUAGAGUAUAUGCUAGAGCCAUCCUGAGUUACUUAACAUCCUUUGGCCAUCAACCUUUUUUCAAACCACAGGAUUUCCUAUUAGCUGCUAACAGGUGGAACAAAAAAAGACCUUUUUACAAGUAAAACAUAGUCUGUUUGUUUUUGUUAGUCUGUCAUUAACUCCAGUACUUCAGUGGUAACAUUAGUCAGUAUCAUGCCCUCUAAGGACAGAUGCUUGUUGCAUUGGCCUGCUUAUAAUUUGUGCCAGAGUUUAGAUUAAAGAAAUGUCAUCUUGUAAGCUUCCGUGCAUUGUCUCUAAUGUAUCCACACAAUUACAGCAUAUUAUCAAGACUAGGAGUUGGUCUCUAAACUUUUGAAAGGGCAUUUGCAAUGUUCGUGUUAGAAAUCCAGGAUGAGGUGCUCCUAAUAACUUGGGGUCUCUAUUGAGCUAUGGUUCUCAUUUUGCCACUGUAAUGUCUUAACUUUUUAUUAACUGAUGUGCGAUUCUAUCACAAACCUAUAUGUUUUUGGCCUUUUUUUGUAUUUUUACUACUUCUAAAACAAACUUGUAUGAUAAAAUGUUUCAGUUUUCCCAUUUUCGGUAUAUGUCCUAAGAUAGACAAUAGGCCCCCGAGUUGGCCUGGGUUCUAGCGCUGUAUUCCUUUCUUGAUCUCAGAAUAUAAUCACCACCAUGGUGAAAUGAGUAGAUGAUCUGUCACUGGGUGGUGUAUGCCUGUUUGGUAAAGAGAUUCCUACCUAAGUUUGUGCAUGACUUAAUAUAGGGAAUAUAGGGGUGGACAUAAGAGCAGUCAGUGGAGAGGGGCUCUUUCUCCAAAUUGAUCUGAAGCCAGUGGUCACAACUAACCCCAGUAAACAUUCAAACAGUCUUUGGCUUUUUUUGCAAUGUUUGUAUGUUAGUGCAAUUUGUGUAUUGCUCAUUACUAAUGUAGAAGCUGCCACUAUUCUAAGGCCAUCUCUAACAGAGGGCAUAUGUGCAAUAUCAUGGCUUCAUCAAUGUCCUAGUGGUCCUGAUGGUAGCUCUGUUCAAUAACCACAUUGUCUUUUUAAUGAACCUCUUGGUUAUAGCCAAGACGUGUUAUUCCUCAGUGACCACCAGGUGUGGAUUAAGAGCUCCUCUCCUACAGGUGGGCUUCUGUCGCAGGCUUGCGUUAGGCUAGUGGCCGGCCACCGCAGCCCUCUCUUGGUGCUCUAACAGCCCGGCUGUAUCGUGAUCUCCAAUCCUACCCUCCAGUGAAUUAUUUCAUGAAAUCAUUACACAUGUCAAUUCACAACUCAUUGCUCUAUCUCACACAUGUGAGCAGGCGAACCAAAGACGUCUUCCUAGUGGUGUUCAUGUCCUGACCAGGCCACAGUUAAGCAGUAAACAGACAACACAAAAUACUGUCCAUACUUCUAUAGUGCUAUGUUGCUGUUGUUUAGUUGAGUGCUGUUGCAGCGAGGUGUCCAAUACACUCGACACAACACAGUUGCCUAAGACCAGACAUGUUAUUCCACAGUUUGUAGUUUUCUGCCUGACUAUUACCUGGUGGGGACAGAGAUGUGUAGUUGUACUAUGAACAAGAGACUGCGGAAACAAGAUCGUUUAUCAUCACUUAAGGUGGUUGACUUUGUUAUUUUUUGUAAAUAGUUAUAUUUUGGUUUUCAGACAUUUUCUUUUCUUUAAUUGGAAAAUAAAGUUCACACACUGUAGCAAAUAAAAAUAUUUUCAGAUGUA